ACACGCUGCGUGGCUGCUCGUUGGCUACUUAGGACGGAAACUCGUUUGGUGCUUCUCCAGAAGUUUCCCCCUUGGGCGGCGGCGGCGUAGCUCGUAACCUCGGUGGUAGCCGUUCUAACAGAAACAGCGAUUCUUAGGGGAUGGCAGCAGGACCUGCAACAGCCCAGAAGUUUUCCCGGAGCUUCUCAGAUGCUCUGAUCGAGGAGGACCCCCAGGCGGCGUUAGAGGAGCUGACUAAGACUUUGGAACAGAAACCAGAUGAUGCGCAAUAUUAUUGUCAAAGAGCUUACUGUCACAUUCUUCUUGGCAAUUACUCUGAUGCUGUUGCUGAUGCAAAGAAAUCUCUUGAACUUAAUCCAAAUAAUUCCACUGCUAUGCUGAGAAAAGGGAUAUGUGAAUACCAUGAAAAAAACUAUGCUGCUGCUUUAGAAACUUUUAUAGGAGGACAGAAAUUAGAUAGUACAGAUCCUGAUUUCACUGUCUGGGUUAAAAGGUGUCAGGAGGCUCAGAAUGGAUCACAGUCUGAGGUGUCUGCAUCCCAGAGGACUCAUCAGUCAAAAAUCAAGUAUGACUGGUAUCAAACAGAAUCUCAAGUAAUCAUUACACUUAUGAUCAAGAAUGUUCAGAAGAAUAAUGUAAAUGUGGAAUUUUCAGAAAAAGAGUUGUCUGCUUUGGUGAUACUUCCUUCUGGAGAGGAUUACAAUUUGAAACUGAGACUUCUUCAUCCUAUAAUACCAGAACAGAGCACAUUUAAAGUACUUUCAACAAAGAUUGAAAUUAAAAUGAAAAAGACAGAGGCUGUGAGAUGGGAAAAGCUAGAGGGGCAAGGAGAUGUGCCUAAACCAAAACAGUUCAUAGCAGAUGUAAAGAACUUAUAUCCAUCAUCAUCUCAUUAUACAAGAAAUUGGGAUAAAUUGGUUGGUGAGAUCAAAGAAGAAGAAAAAAAUGAGAAGUUGGAGGGAGAUGCAGCUUUAAACAAACUAUUCCAGCAGAUCUAUUCAGAUGGUUCUGAUGAAGUGAAACGUGCUAUGAACAAAUCAUUUAUGGAGUCUGGUGGUACAGUUUUGAGUACCAACUGGUCUGAUGUAGGUAAAAGGAAAGUUGAAAUCAAUCCUCCUGAUGAUAUGGAAUGGAAAAAGUACUAAAUAAAUUAAUUUGCUAUCACUGUAUUGCA